AUGUUUAUUUCGAAUGCACAUGAAAUUUCGGAGGAAAAAGAAAAGCAUUUACGAGAAUUAUAUGAUCGACUGGAUGUAAAUAAAGAUGGUACUGUCGAUAUUAGAGAUUUGACAAAUGCACUUAAGUUGAAAGCGCCUCAUAUACCGACUGGUAUUAUACCUGAAUUAUUUGCACGAAUCAAUCAUUUAAAUGAUAACAAAAUAACUUUUUCUGAUUUUGUCCAUUAUGCUCUUGAGCACGAGAAAAAUUUAGAAGUCAUAUUUCGGGAUUUAGAUGAAAAUAAAGAUGGAUAUGUAGAUAUUCAAGAAAUCCAAAAAUAUUGUGAAGAUCUUGGCCUUUCAAUUAGUGAUGCUAAAGCACAAAGCAUUGUUGAGCGAAUGGGGCAGACAGGGUCAGUUUCUGUUAACUUGUCGGAAUUCAAAGAUUUUAUGCUGCUUUACCCUCGAUCAAAGCCAGAAGAAAUAGCGAAGUUUUGGAAACAUAAUUUGGUGAUAGAUAUUGGUGAAGAUAGUCAAAUUCCGGACGAUUUUUCUCAACAAGAAAUUGCUUCUGGAUUUUGGUGGAAACAUUUAGCAGCUGGGGGAGCAGCAGGAUGUAUGAGCCGAACAUGUACGGCGCCAUUGGAUCGAGUGAAAAUUUAUCUUCAGGUUCACGCAAAUAGAAAUAAUCGUUUGCAUUUUUCGAAAGCAGCAAAAAUUUUAUAUGAAGAAGGUGGAAUAAAGUCAUUUUGGAGAGGGAAUGGCGUUAAUGUAGCUAAAAUUGCUCCUGAAUCAGCUCUUAAAUUUCUUUCAUAUGACCUCAUCAAACAAAUGAUCGUUAAGUGCAGGGGAAAUGAUCACGAGCUACAAAUUUCUGAACGUCUUGCUGCUGGUUCUAGUGCUGGAGUUAUUUCUCAAACAAUCAUUUAUCCGAUGGAAGUUCUCAAAACUCGUUUGGCACUUCGACGAACUGGCCAAUUAGAUAGAGGGUUAAUGCAUUUUGCUAUUUCACUGUACACAAAUGAAGGCUUUCGUUGUUUUUAUAAGGGAAUUGUCCCUAAUUUGUUUGGUAUUAUUCCGUAUGCGGGUAUUGAUUUGGCAGUUUACGAAACAUUGAAAAGUUAUUAUCUAAAAAAUUAUGGUGUUCAUCCUGUUGGCAAUGCUUUUGCACUUCCUCUGUGUGGAGCUUUCAGUUCAAUUUGUGGCAUGUUAGCUAGUUAUCCAUUCGCUUUGGUUAGAACGCGUCUUCAAGCAUUGACUGUAUCGGGUAAUUUGGCUCAACCAGAUACGUUAACUGGUCAAGUACAGUGUAUUUGGAAGAAUGAUGGAGUGUCUGGCUUUUACCGAGGUCUUACUCCAAAUUUGAUAAAAGCCAUACCAGCGGUAGCCAUAAGUUAUUUUGUUUAUGAGCAUGUGCGAAAUUGGCUUGGUGCUCCGAUGACAUAUAUUCGUUGUUAUAAUCGUCGAUUGUUGAAAAAAUUGUAUUGUUUUAACCGGAUAAUGAAGAUUCAUUUUCAUUGGGGAGCAGUUGGUGAUAGCAUUUGGUAUGAUUAUGAUUCCACUAGAUGUCUACCUCAAAUAAUUUGCAUUUCACGUUUACACAUCUACUGGCUCAUAGAUUUGAUCAGGAACAUGCGAGAUGGUAUUUCUGCCUUUCCUGUUACACUAAGCGACGAUGAAAAGCGCCUUAAAGAAAAAAUGGAAAAGUUAAGAUCGAUUCGGAAAUCGAUUGCUGCGCUGAAUAAAGGAAAUGUCGGUUCAUUGUCGGGAGAUCUUAAAGUAGAACGUAAAACUACUAAACAACAUAUACUACAAGCAGAAGUAGCCACUGAGGAAGUCAAACGGAAAGUGUUGCUUGGCACCGUUACUUUUAAAAAAGCUGAUGAGAAGAAAGACUCAUUCAAACGCUCAAGUUUAAUAGCAAAACGCAGGAAAAUUGCUACAAAUAAUACGGAAUCAGUAUCAGCUGGUACAUCUAAUGACGUUAACUCUGAAAAGUCAAUUUGUGCUGGUGGUACUUCUGACAUAACAAAAACGCAGUUGAAAGCACCAGAAACUGUGGAAGCGAGCAAGCCAGCUUCUGAUACUAACAAACCCGGCGUGUCUAAUGCAUAUAACUCAGAAUCAUGUGUUUCUACUCAUAGUAUUGGACUCGAUAAUAACAAACCAGUACAAAUACAGACCUCAUCAUUCGAUGGAGGUGGUGGAUUAUUUGGUUCUACUGAACAACAAAAAGGUCCAUGCGUCUACGUUCGUGGAUAUGACAUGACCGCAGAUUCUUUGCAAAGUGCAUUUAGUCGAUUUGGUGGUAUUAAUAGAGUUUUCGUGGAAGAACGUCAGAAAAGUGCUUUCAUUACAUUCACCACUACUGCAGAAGCUGAAGCUGCGAUAGAAGAAGUAAGUCAGAAUGUAAUGUAUUGGAUGGAUGGAAAUAUGGUUAAUGGAAUUACAGUGCGCGUCUCAUUUGCACGCCGUCAGAACCAGAAUAGUGAUACGGGACGUUUCCGUGGUGGCAGAAUGUUCGAUCGCAGUAGAUAUUUUCGGAAUAUGCGCAGUGGGCAUUUCCGUAGCUGUGAGCGAGGUCUUUUUUAUGAUAAUAAUGAGCGCUCUGAUAGAAAACGUAUCUCUGAAAGCGGGGAGUGUUUUGAGCCAGUGAUUUCUGAAAAUGUUGGCAGCAGCUGGUCAAGUGGUAGCAAAGCACAAAAUUCUACAUGGUCAGGAAUAGAACAGAAAGGUGGUUUUUCGUCAGUAAAGAAGUUGAAUGAUACCGGAUGUUCGAAAAUUGACGUAUGCAAAAAUCAGGGAAAAGAGGAUAUUAGCAGUUCUAAAUCUAUCGCUCAUGUUGAAAUGGAUGGUUUCGAUGCUUCUAAACCUAUUAUUCCUAUUCAGACUGAUGAUGGUCUUCAUACUUGCAAACCUGAUAAUCAUGAUAACACUCUAGAUAGUGAUAUGGGUACUUCUAAGUCCGUGAAUUAUGAUAACACAAGGGAUGCCUUCAAUAUCUCGUCACCCAAAAAAUCCUUGGAUGUCGGUAACCGGGAUAAUUUUGAAAGUCGAGGAAGGAAUUGUGGUAAUCGAUGGAGCUGUUUUAGUAGAGACAGACGAGGUAGUAGAUUAAUGCGUCAAACCAAUGAAUGCAGUAAUCGAGGUUGUAGAAAUUUACAGCGGUAUUCAAGAAAUCAGAACCAUUAUUUUAAAUCGAGUGAUAAUAGUUGCUGUACUGAUGAAACAAAUAAUCAGCAGUCUUCUUCGUUGGCAGUAAUAAACAAAAACGUGGCUGAUUUGGGAUUAGCAAGUGGUAGUCAGACGAAUUUGUAUAGCAGGACUGAAGAUCGUUGGCCAGCGAAACGAACGCGUGAUGACGAAUCGCAGGAUAAAGAUGAUAACAGUUAUGAGUUCAAGUCUGGAACAAGUAAUCAUUUCAACUUGAAAAGCGGUGAUAAAGCUUUUGUUGAUGUUGCUGAGAAAUGGAAUGAUAAUCGUAAAGUAUUCAGAGGUAACAAGCGAAUUAAUAGCAGAUAUGAAACAAAAGGAGUAGAGGGUUUACGACAUCAUGAUUUGGAUAAUGGUUGCUUGCGUAGUGAAGAGCAUGACAAAGCAGUUGAGUCUUGGCAUGGUAUGGAAGAGAAAUCAGCAAUGAGUGGUACAUGGUUUGGAACAAAUAAUGAUAAGCAGUGUGAUUCCCAACCAACCCUACCACCGAUGUCAGAAGUCCAAAUUGCGUGGAGUGAAGCUAGUAAGUAUAUUUUGAAUUUUUGAGGUGAAUUAACACUCUCAGCAGCUCUUACACUUCUGUUCUUUGCAAGGUCAUUGGCCUUGCAGAUUGUUUUGUUUGCUAAGAAAGCGUCUAAAGAAAUGGCAUCGGUAUCACUGACUGAAAAAGAAGAGGGAGGAAGGGUUGAAACAGCACAUAAAGUUGAAUUACGUGCUCAGAUAUCGUAUAGUGAGGAUGAUCCGUUUGCUUAA